AACGGUUCGUAUUCGAAAAUUUUAGCGCGUACUUUCAGUGAUUGUGUUUACAGUGCCUACUCGUACAUAUAUUGAGCUGAAAUUUUCGUCAAUUCAAUUUUGUGAUUUAUUUCGUUCAUUACUGCUUUGAAUAUUAUUUUUUUCGCAUUAUUUUUGUUUUCGGUUGUGAGUCGGCUUUAGGUAGUUAAAAGUUUAGCGCGCCUGAGUGUGACAACCACGAAUUUCGUGGCUAGUUCACCGUACGUUUUUUAUAUAUGUAUGUAUAUGUGUAUGUAAAAUUUUCCCAGAUUUGCACAGACGGCGGCGUAAGAUUUUCACGUCAGUCGCUGAAGUCAUUUCGUUUGCGAAAAUGUGCGCGUUCGCGUCAAAACAUUUCAUCAGCUGAAAAGUUGCACUCCUCAUGUUUACAUAGAAUAAAUAUAAUAAAUAUAAUUUUGUAAAAUAUAGUAUGCGUAUAUAUAUAAUAUAUAAACGAACAAACCACCGCGCACAGUAGUGUAAUCUAUUAGAAAAUCGUGAAGAAAAUAAAAUAAAUUGAGAAUUAAAAUCUUCUCUAAAGCAACAAAGAUUUGUACAGAAAAAAAGAAAGAAAUUCAGUGGUCCUAUACACACACACAUAAAUUUAAAAUCAACUCUUGAAGUUUUAGGUAUAACAAAGUAGUAAAUUACUUGCUUUAAAAAAAAAAUAAAAAAACAAACGCACACCAAAUCCACCAAACACUUUGCAAUAAAUUAUUAGGGUGUUUAUUUUGAACUUGAAUGAGCCCAAUGAGUGGCCUACGGCAGCAAUUAAAGAUGUUGGGUACAGCAUUGCUGGGAAAGCGCACCACAAAGUCUGUCAAAAAGAAACCAUUCACUGAAGUGGAAUUAAGAGAUUUGCGAACUGCAUUCGAUCUCUUAGACAGAAAUCGGGAUGGUCGCGUCACCGCAAAUGAGUUGCAAUUUAUGUUGAAAAAUCUUGGCAUAAAUGUGCGAGACGAAAUCAUACACGACCUCAUACGAGAAGCAAGUCAUUCGGGAAAUGGGUUAAUAAACGAAGCUGAAUUCCUGCAAUGGGUCGGACGAAUUCAGGCGUUGCGCGAUGAACAGCAACAGCAACAACAACAGCAGGAAGAGAAUGCAAGUAAACCAGAGGAAAACGAUGAUGUCACCGAAGAUUUAAUCGCCGCAUUUAGGGUAUUUGAUCGUGACGGCAAUGGUUUCAUUACCCGCGACGAGCUGCAAACCGCCAUGGAAAUGAUUGGAGAACCCCUCUCAGAAGUACAACUCACACAAUUAUUGGCCAUAGCCGAUUUGGAUCAAGACGGCCGAAUUAAUUACGAGGAAUUUACGAGACUUUUACUUUAAAGUGCUGAACGCCCAUAAAACUGAGCAUAGUUACAAAUAUGUAUUAGUGAAGCAACAACAAACCAACUACAAAAGCAACAACAAAACUAUGCAAACUUUAUAUACAAUAUACUCGAGUUAAAUGAAAAUAAUAUAAGCACACAUAAAUAAAUAUAUAUAUGUCAAAAAUCAAACUCUGUCUAAAUGAAAACAAUGAGUAAAAAUCAUGUUUUGUAAGUUUGUCGGCGCUUAUCUGCUAACCUGCACACGCGACCGCUGCUACAGCUGGAGAAUAAAUGAACAAAGCUGUUGUGGGGAGUCCAAGAAAGAAAGUCAAACAAAAAAAUAGUUUUUUUAGUUAUUAGGUUGUUAAUUUAAAUCAUUCAUUUAUUUAUAGUUUCACACAAUUAAAUACGCAUACAUAUA